AUGUCAAAGGCAUCUGGAUCUGAGGAUGAGCCGCUGGUACCGGAUGAUUUUGAUGACGAUUUCUUCAGAGAGCUCUCUGAAAAGAUGCCUGAAGUUACCAAGGCGCUGCGGCAAAAGGACACGCCAAAUAAUGCUGAUAAUGUGCAAAGGCUACUCAUCUGUGGUACCCGCUAUAAAAAUGAUCUGCGAAUGGAGGAGGGACGAUCUCAGGAGCUUCGGGAGCAAAUCGCUUCUCUUGAAGAAAGAUUGGAAAAUGCGGCGCGCCUAACUAAAUUGGAUUUGGCUACCAUUGAGGAGCUGCGCGGUGUGAUUGAGGGGGCCUGGAAGCAAAAGGACGCUGCCCAAAUACGCGAGCAGGCCGCACAGGACGAUGUGCUAAACUUGCGGGAGAAACUUGAUGCCUCGGAGCAGAUGAUUGUGCAUUUAAAUGAAAAACGUUUGGCACUGGCAAGCAAGCGGGACGAUGGAAAAGAACGGGAGCGACUUAACGCCGAGAUCAAGGACUUGAACAAGCGAUUACAAAUACAACGCGUCUAUGCUACAGAAGUUGAGGCCAUGACGCAAACACUUGAGGCGAAAAACAAAGAACUUUUGAAGCUCUUGGAUGAAACUUCCAGCGAUGCCUAUAAUCUAAAGCGGAAGUGCGAUGCCCUCUCAAAAGAGUUGAGUACCAUGAAAAGCGAGGAGACAAAAUAUCUGGAGCAGAUUGCACAGAUGAAGUCGUCGAACGAACACCUGACCAAAGUGAAAGUUCGCCAGAAUCUACAAAUACUCUCGCUGAAGACAAACCUAGAACAUUUGAACACGCAGCACAAUGCCACGUGCAAUAAGUUGGCUAAGAUCACCAUCGAUUUGGAGUACACUGUGCAGGAACGUGACAAGAACAAGCGAAAUUUAAAUCAACGCAUAAACUUGCUAAAAGUCCGCGAGGAUGAGCUUAUUAAACUAAAGCAGGAAAAUAGUAAGAUAGCCAAAUCUCAGGAGACAAUUGCACGAAAGUAUGCUGAAAUACUGGAGUCUAAACGCGAGGUAGAUCAAGAGAAUAUUCGCCUCAAGACCCAAUUAAGCACUCAAGACAAGGAAUUGGAAUCCAUGCGUCGCGUUGUGCAUCACUUUGAAAAAAGCAAAGAGAACCUUACCAAGGAGCGUGAUGUUCUCAAACGAGACUUGCAGGGGGAACAGCAAUCAGCUGAGCAGAACAGCGCUCUAUAUCAGGAAUCGCAACACGAAGUACGAGCUCUUACGGACACUAUCAACACCAUGGAACUUAAGAUGAAGAAAAUGCAGGAGGAUAUGAACAAACUGAAGAAGGAAAAGGCAAAGAAAAUGGACGAGAUACAAAAUUGGAUAGACAAGUUGGAUGCCCUCCAAAAUGAGAUGCAUCUGAAGGAGAACUAUGAAAUCGAACUGAAGCGUACUAUAAGCGAUCUAGAGGCCAAGUGUCUCAAGUUACAACAGCAGCAUGACACGCUAAGUAACGAACGCAACAAUCUUCAACGAAAUCUCCAGGCAAUGGAGGAUGCCAAGAGUAAAUUACGUGAGCAGAUCGCUAACCUUCAAGGACACAUCGAAGCUCUCAAAGAAAAGGUAACAUACCGAGACUCGGAACUAAGCAAACUGCAGCUGCAAAUCGAUCGCAUGGAAAAGGAGCGUCGCCUGUUGCGGAACGAUGUGCGUCAUGCCCAGCUUGGCCAACAACAUACUAAGGCAGAGUUGUUGGACAAACGAAAGGAGAACGAUCGCGCCACCAAAUCUCUACAAGAAGAUGAGCAGCGGAUUGCGCGAUUGCGAAAGGACGUUGACAAUUUGAUGAACGAGAAAAAUGCCAUUAGCGCAGCUUUGACCAAGCGAAAUGAAGAAUAUGCUCGCCUGAAGGAUAAUCUGGACAACCUGCAAGCCUCGUACGAUCAAACAGAACGACAGUGCACCCAGUGCCAGGAUGACAUGCGAUUGAUGCGGGUAGAGAUCAAGAAUCUUCGCACUGAGCGCAAUGUUCUGCGGAAGGAUCGUGAGAGUGCGGCUGACUUGCGUCAGGAAUUACUUCAAAUGCAUCGCAAACUUAACCAGGAGCGAAUCAAAGCACGUGCGCUACAGGAUGAGAUGCUAACACCUAUGAAUGUGCACCGUUGGCGUUCAUUGCGCGGCAAGGACCCAGAGAAAAUGGACCUUAUCGAGCGUAUUCGCAUUCUACGAAAACAGAUCCUCAAUCAGAAUGUGGCUACGCUACAGAAGGAGCGAGCACUUGAGGAGUCCCAGCAGCUGUAUGCCGCCCUUAAAGAAUUCAUGCUUAAGCUACCAAGCUACAAGGUUCAAGCCGAACUUAAUACCCUAAAGGCAACACUUUCCGCAAAGCAACGUAAGCUCAAGGUACUUACCGCCGAGCUAAGCGCCAAAGAGGCGGACGAAAAGUCGCACGUUGUUAAGUUGGAGGAGCUUAAGUGUAAUCUGGCUGAGACAAAAACCCUGUUAGUCGAGGAGAAGCGCAAAAAGCAGAAACUACUCGAGGAGCGACAAAUCUUAGAGCAAAUGCAGGCGCAAUGUUAUUCGGCGCCAGCCCAUAUUUCGCGCACUUUGGGUGCGGGCUUUAAAAUUGUGAGCGGAUUCUAA